UAGGCUACCUGGUAUGUUUUGGGGUGUUGGUGUAUGAUGGACUUCAGGCAGCUCAGUCAGGUGUCGCUUUGGUCGGCUGAAGUUGAUGUUUUUCAACUUUUGUGGCUCAACCCUUUUGCGGGACAUGUCCUUCCACUUGUUUGGUUGGGAAGUGCAGGCGACCUCCUCCUCGGUGCGUCUGCGCCCUGUUAACUCAACCUGGCACAUGAUGGCUGCAGCAUGGCUGCAACAAGAAGCAAGACUGGUGCGAUGGAUAUAUCUAUUAGUAAAAAUGCCUAAUGAAGACCUACCCAAAGGAUCUGCCCAGCAUUGGAGUAGUUCUUAUCUACCUGGAUGAGGCCCUGUCAAUCCUCAAGAGAGCCAUCCGAAGUAUUAUCGACCGCACUCCGAAAUCCUUGCUGAAAGAAAUCAUAUUGGUGGAUGACCACAGCAGAAAUGACGACCUGAAGCAGGACUUUGACAUGUACAUCAAGACCAUUGAGGACCAGAAUCCAGGCCUCCUCAUGACCAGAGUGAGACACAGUGAGCAGCUGGGGCUGACCACGGCUAGGAUCUCUGGAUGGAAGGCCGCCACGGCUGACGUGGUCGCCAUCUUGGAUGCUCAUAUUGAAGUCCAUGACCUGUGGUGAGGGGGUACUGCCAAGUCACCAUCAUAUGACGUAUAUACCGGUAAUUGUGUAGACCAGGGAUGGACAACUGGCGGCCCAUGGGGCGCAUACAGCACGCAUCCUCACUCAGUCAGUCGCGCGCAUAAUUUUAAUUUAAUCUUUUUUAAAUUACACGUCAUGAAAGAUUUCCACUUUAGUCGCCACUACGACUACAACUGCACUGAAUAUCAUGCUUGUUGGGUUUGAGUUCAUUGAGUUGUUGCAAUUAAUGUUGGGCCACUUUUUCUUCUUUUUUUUUUACGUCAUUGAAUGAUGAUGUAUGUGCUGAGUUCUUCUAGCCUGGUUCUACCAGACUCUCGUACUUCACUUCAUUUCAUUUGUGGAUUUGAUGCCGCAUUCCUACA